AUGCGCCUGUCAUCGCAUCUGCAAAAUCCCAACAACAACAACACAACGCCAUUUUAUUUUGUCUAUGACACGGUGUUUGUUUACGUCUUUGGAUUUAUAUUAUUUGAUUACCAAAAAGAUGCUAAAAUGCAUAUUUUUCCGAAAAAUCAAGAGCUGUAUAAUGUUUGGAUUCAAAGGAUUGGCCAUCAAAAUUUACAAGAAAUGCCAAUGGAGAAGGUACGAAAAUCAUACCGUGUAUGUAAUGUCCAUUUUGGGCCAGAUGCACAAUACAUUGGACUAAUAAAUAAAUCCACUAUUAAAAAAGAUACUAUUCGAUCUUUAUUUUUACCACCAAGUAAGUAUGUUUACGUUCUUAAAAUAAUUUUGUUACUUGUAAAUUGUGUCGUCAAUUUUUUAAAUAAAUAUUUUAAUUUUUGA